AGGUGCUGUGCUGGUCUGUAGAAAGGAGUUGGGGGAAACAGCUAUAAGAGGAGGUUUUCUCCUCUCCACUCUCUCAGUCUGAGCUCUGGCCUGGAGAGAGAAGAUGCUUCCACACACACUGACCGGGGUCUCAUCACCUGGACACUUCAACACUCAGGAGCCUGGAAGAGUCAUGGGUCAUAUAACUGGUUCUCCAGUGAUGUGGAGACCAUGGGCGCUUCACUCUGAUAGAGAUGCACAGCAUGAAAAGACUACUAUUGGAACACACACACAGACCCCAAAGAAUAUAAAUGGGUUCCAUCACCCAGUGAGGUUGUAUCUGCCCAAAUCCAAGACCGAGGUGUAUUUGUCUCAUCUGGGAAAGAAAGUUCUGGCCAGCUUUCCUGUUCAAGCUACUCUGCACUUCUACAACGACGACUCCAGCUCUGAGGAGGAGAGUGAGAACGAAGAGGAGAUGAUGGAGAAAGAGUGGCAGCUUUCAGUGAAGAGGAGGACCUAAAGGACAUCUGUCUAGAACUAACAGAGACGAACAGAGAACUUAAUUCUUGAAAAACUUUUGGCUAGGUUUUACCUUUGACAAGAAACACCUUGCAGCCAGUGGUACCAACGACACCAUGGACAAAUCUCUGCUGUUCGGUUCAUCUUGACCAGGACAUUAAACCUGAGCUCAUCAAGUUAUUACUCUGGUCAUCACCACUGGCAUUCAUCCCAGAGCAAUCAAAUAUGGGACCAAUCUUGAGGCCUCAUGUGCUACAUAGUUGCUUCAACAGGGUUCUACUCUACUAUAGGGUUCUAUUCUAGCCUGUAUUGUCAAUGGACAAUCAUCAUGCUCAAUUAUUUUCUAUAAAAGCUUAAACAGUUUUAAGGGUUUAAGCACAUCUGAUUUAAUGUAUCCUUUGGUUUACCAGGAUACAACCAGUUUAAAUGUUGCACCCUAUCAGAUAUUGUUACGUUUUGCUUUUUAAAUCAUACACUCUUAGCAUAAAGGGUUUUAUAUCACACCAAAAUAUGCCAUAUAAACCAAGCAGCUAGGUGAGUGAUGAAGAUGAGGGUGGUGAUGGGGUGGAUGCAGGUGUGAGGUCGAUAUUCACUAGGUGAGGAGGGACUGGGAGGUAUAUAUAGGACUAGAAAAAGGAGGUGCAGUUCCAUAUCUCAAAGUUUUGUUAAUUCUUUAGAAAAAAAACGUGUUAAUUCCAGUUAAUUUAAUCCAGAUAGUGUUCAUUUUACACUGGCAAACAUACUGUGUAUAAGAAAACAAGGCAGUGAUCCUGGAUCAGUACUAUCUAAAUUCUGAAUCUUUGUUGAUCCUGUUGUAUCAAAAGAUCAUAAAAAAACACAUUUCUUAUGUCCUUGAAUGUUCCAAAGUGGUUUGGAGCCAAAUAUUGCUAUUGUAAUGGACAUUAACCUUAAGAACAGUUUUCCUUCCUUCUUGUCCAUUUUUGGAGGCACCAUGUUUUGACAGAGAUGAUAUAACAAAAUUUUGUGCACCAGAUUUAAGCAAUAAUACACUCAAGGUUCAUGCUAUAAUGUGUAAUAUUGGCACUGCUGUGCUGCCAUAAUGACAGUAUUAGUGUUAAAGCACAAACCUCGAGUGUAUUAUCGCUGUUUAUUGAAAGAUUUUGAGUUAAAGAGGAUGAGAAAAUAUGAUAAUAUGAACUGUUUGGUUAUAAAGACUCAGCGAGUUAAAAUAGUUUAAUUGCUGCUCAGUUUGUAGCAGCACAGUUUGGUUUGUAAGCGCUGCAUCGUUGCUAGGUUACCUGUAUGUGGCAGAGUAAUACAUGGAGAGCUUAGGUUACAGUGCAUUACCGGCUGAUAAUGUCACUCAUACAACGCCUCUCAGCCAAUCACAUUGCAGGGUCUGAACUAACUGUGGUAUAAUAGUGUUUAAUCCAUAGCUCAGCUCAUCUUUACGGCUUGUUGAACAUCUGGAGACCUUGACAUCUUUUUAUAUUGUAUGAAUGACUGAUCUUCCAUAGGAUGGAUCCAUCGACUUAGGAAAGGAAACUGUGAUAUUUCAGCUUAUGAUCUCCACACUGGCAGUUGGUGACCUAACCUAAGGGUUAGUGGUCUAUAUGUAUACGUACAUACAUGUUGAAGUAGUGGUUAGGUCUGUUGAAACACGAGGCCUGUAAUUUGACUUGACUUGCUUACUAUUUCUUUCCUUCACUGGAUCUGGAGAUGGUGCUUCAGCAUAUCUCCAGCAUAUACUCACAAUAAGAAAGGAAGAAGAAGAGUCUGCUGUUUUGGAAACAAGCUUAUGAAAGAGCAGGAGAUCAUGCUAGCAUGUCUCAGGAAGCAGCCUGGGUGGAAGCAGGAGAGGAUUAGAACCUGAGACUUGAGCAGGAAACACAGCGGAACUGAAACAGCUCCUACAGGACCGUACAGCUCUGAUCCUGUUUACCCAAGCAGAGCAUAAACACACCUUUAACCCGAACCUGACUCACAACAUCCGCCUCUCACACCAGCACACGCGUAGGGCUCCGCUUCGGUUCGUUAAAAGCAGUGGAGAUUAUGGGUUAUAGUUACAAUAAGUCUAAAUAUUUCUCUCAUCUCUCAUGAACAUAAAUUUUGUAGACCCUAAUAUAAAACCCUGUGGGACUCCGCAUCAUGUGUAAAACUGCAAUAACUUCAAAAAGGUUCUAAAAUGUUUUUUUUAUGCAAUAGGGCAAUGGAGUGGAGUGUGUUUCGGUGUUUGUCAUUGUACUGUAUAUUUCUUA